AUGGACUUUUUAGUUAAAAAGUAUUUUGGAGCUAAUCAGACUCUUCUACCUAAAUCACUUGAAUAGGCAACAGAUGUUUUAAAUUCAUACUGCUAACUAGAAUCUCUUGAUCAAGUUCAUUAAUCUUAUAAAGUCUUCGAUCCAAUAAAUCUUCAGGAUGACUUGAUUGGGGCUGAGAGAUAUGUGCGGGAAAAUUAACUUAUAUCUGCCUCUGCCUGUAGUUCAUUCAAGUCAUCCAUGUAUGUAAAAGAAGCGCUUAGCGGCAUAAACAGUAGAAUACUAGAUAAAGUUAAUCUUGUCACAGAUCAAAUCUCAGGAAACAUAAGAACAACUGCGUUGACUCCAUUAAUGGUUGCUUAUCGGGCAAAGGGAGGUAAUAACGCUCUACUUUAUGCUUGCAAUAAUUAAAGCGCCUUGGAAGGUGAAAAUUAUCUACUUGUAAAAUAUUUGAUUGAUGAAGCAGGUGCCGAUCCCAACAUAAUGAAUGACACAUUUAGAAAUGCUUUGCUUUUAGCGACCAAGAGGAAUCAAUUGAAUGUAGUUGAUCUUUUAAUCAAGAAAAAUGUAGAUAUUAAUGUGACUGAUAACAACUUUUGCAAUGCAUUGCAUUUGGCAGCAUCUGGAGGAUUCUUAGAGAUGUGCGAAACAAUACUCCUUCAUAGAGCAAAAGUACUUAGACUAGAUAAGUCUGCGAUGGUAUUUGAUAUAGAUGGAGAGGAUUCACUCAGUCUCACACCAUUAAUGAAGGCAUCUAUUAAUGGUCACCUUGAAAUAGUUAAAUUGCUUUUGAAAUUCGGUGCUAAUCCUAGAAAGAAAAAUAAAAGGUCUGAAUCGUCCUUGGCGUUAGCUUGCAUGCAAGAAAAUGCUGCUAUAUGUGAUAGACUGAUAAUAGCCAAGGCGGAUGUUAACGAAGUAGAUUUCAGGAAAAGAACACCUUUACUAAAAUGUGCAAGGCAUAACUCAUAAAGCGUAAUUCUACAGAUGCUCUUGAAAGCAGGAGCAAGGACUGAUAUUGCUGAUGACGAGGGUAAUACACCUUUGCAUUUUGCAGCAAUGAGAGGAACUAUUGAAGUUGGACAGUUCUUAAUAAAUCUUGGAGCAAAUCCUUAUUCUAGAAAUAGAAAGGGUUUUGUACCGUAUGAGCUCACAGGCAGAGAUGAUGUUAAAGCUGCAUUUAUGGUGUGUGCUUUAUGUACUCGAAGUAGCUUGAAUAAUGGGAAUUUGGUUGGUUAUAUGAUGCAAUGCAACCAUUGCUUUGUGGUAAGAUAUUGUGAUAUUGAAUGCCAGAAAAAAGACUGGUAAAAUCAUAAGAAAGUGUGUGAAAAUUUUAAGAAAAGAUUGCCAGGGGGUAUUGGAUUAAUAUGA